CCUCCCUCCCUCCCAUCCCCCCCUCCCCGAGACCACCGGACCCCGAACCCAGAUGGCCGAAGUGGAUUCCCCUUUUUAACGAUUUGGCGUCUCCCUCGACCACCACCUCUUUGUGCGGCAGCCCCCUCAUAGACCCUGCUCCUGAGGUCUGGGCAGGGGUCGCCUUUCCCGUGGACACUGGGGCGCCGUGGACCCGCGAGGACUUGAGGCCAGGAGGGAGGGGACGUGCAUUUUGAUUGCUGCGAGGCCGGGGGAGGGCGCCCUUCCCUGCCGGGUCCGGGUCCUCUUGGGCACCUCCCCCAGCCGGUCCCCUUGCCCGGGUCCCAGCACAGGGCGCCCCGCCCCCUCCCUAAGCACCUCUGCGGAGCCUCUUUCUCCGAAGCACCCCUCCUGGGCCCCGCCGAAAGUUUGGCACUGGGGAAGGUGGGAGCGGCCACCAGGUAACUGGGGUCCCUGAUGCUUUGACCCAGGCUCUUGGGGGAGCCCGGGCAGAGGGGAGGAAAGAUAAUGAGAGGGGGAUUUGUCGCGAUAUUUCUCACGCCGGCGGAGGCCAGAGGGGUCUGAGGAAUUGGCCCCUUUUCCACUGGGGAGCCCGGCUGCCCCUACGUCCUCAGGCCCUCCUGCUGCUACCUCUGAGAGGGUGAGAGCCCUGGGCAUGCAGACACCCCCUGCCGCCUCCUGUAUCCACGGUGGGCCCAGGGUGACACUCCCCAGUCCCCCCACCCUGACCCUGGCAUCAUGCAUCGGACCACAAGGAUCAAAAUCACGGAGCUGAACCCUCAUCUCAUGUGUGCCCUCUGUGGGGGGUACUUCAUUGAUGCCACCACCAUUGUGGAGUGCUUGCAUUCCUUUUGCAAAACCUGCAUCGUGCGCUACCUGGAGACCAACAAGUACUGCCCCAUGUGUGAUGUGCAGGUCCAUAAAACCCGCCCACUGCUCAGCAUCAGAUCUGACAAAACCCUCCAAGACAUUGUCUACAAAUUGGUUCCUGGGCUUUUUAAAGAUGAGAUGAAACGGCGACGGGAUUUCUAUGCAGCAUACCCCCUGACAGAGGUCCCCAAUGGCUCCAAUGAGGACCGUGGUGAAGUCCUAGAGCAGGAGAAGGGAGCUCUGAGCGAUGACGAGAUUGUCAGCCUUUCCAUCGAGUUCUAUGAAGGUGCCAGGGACCGGGAAGAGAAGAAGGGCCCCCUGGAGAAUGGGGAUGGGGACAAGGAGAAGACAGGGGUGCGCUUCCUGCGAUGCCCGGCAGCCAUGACGGUCAUGCAUCUUGCCAAGUUUCUUCGAAACAAGAUGGAUGUGCCCAGCAAGUACAAGGUGGAGGUUUUGUAUGAGGAUGAGCCGCUGAAGGAAUACUACACCCUCAUGGACAUUGCCUACAUCUACCCCUGGCGGCGGAAUGGGCCUCUCCCCCUCAAGUACCGUGUCCAGCCGGCCUGCAAGCGCCUCACCUUGCCCACAGUGCCCACUCCCUCUGAGGGCACCAACACCAGUGGGGCAUCCGAGUGUGAGUCUGUCAGCGACAAGGCUCCCAGCCCUGCCACCCUGCCGGCCACCUCCUCCUCUCUGCCCAGCCCAGCCACCCCUUCCCAUGGCUCUCCCAGCUCCCAUGGGCCCUCUGCCACCCACCCUACCUCCCCGACUCCCCCGUCGACAGCCAGUGGGGCCACCACAGCUGCCAACGGGAGCACCUCGAACUGCCUGCAGACACCAUCCUCUGCCAGCAGGGGGCGCAAGAUGACUGUCAACGGAGCGCCUGUGCCCCCAUUAACUUGAGGAAAGGAACCUGUUCCUCCUUUCUAGCCAUGCCUCUCCACUCCCUCCACUUUUUCUGGGCCCUUUUUUUCCACCUCUUCUACUUUACCCAGUUCCUCCCACCUUGGGGGUGGGGGGAGGGUUUUAUAAAUAAAUCUAUAUAUAUAUGUACAUAGGAAAAACCAAAUAUACAUACUUAUUUUCUAUGGACCAACCAGAUUAAUUUAAAUGCCACAGGAAACAAA